GACUGUCGGGACGAGCGUGCGCGGCGCGUCCCCACGUUGUGGCUCUUUGUGGGUCAUCUGUGCGUCUGUGGUCUCUGGCCUCGGCGAGGACUUCUACCGCGAGGCCAUCGAGCACUGCCGCAGCUACAACGCGCGCCUGUGCGCCGAGCGCAGCCUGCGCCUGCCCUUCCUCGACUCGCAGACCGGCGUGGCCCAGAACAACUGCUACAUCUGGAUGGAGAAGACGCACCGCGGCCCGGGUCUGGCCCCGGGACAGAUCUACACGUAUCCCGCCCGCUGCUGGAGAAAGAAACGGAGACUCAACAUCCUGGAGGACCCCAGACUCCGGCCCUGCGAGUACAAGAUCGACUGCGAGGCACCCCUGAAGAAGGAGGGUGGCCUCCCAGAAGGGCCGGUCCUGGAGGCUCUGCUGUGUGCCGAGACUGGAGAGAAGAAGGUGGAGCUGAAGGAGGAGGACGGCAUCGUGGACUGUCAGAAACAGCAGUUGCUGGAGUUUCCGCAUGACCUCGAGGUAGAAGACUUGGCGGAAGACAUUCCCAGGAGGAAGAACAGGGCCAAAGGAAAGGCAUAUGGCAUCGGAGGGCUCAGAAAACGCCAGGACACCGCCUCCCUGGAGGACAGAGACAAGCCGUACGUCUGUGAUAUCUGCGGGAAGAGGUAUAAGAACCGGCCGGGCCUCAGCUACCAUUACACCCACACCCACCUGGCUGAGGAGGAGGGCGAGGAGCACACGGAGCGCCACGCCCUGCCUUUCCACCGGAAAAACAACCAUAAACAGUUUUACAAAGAAUUGGCCUGGGUCCCCGAGGCACAGAGGAAACACACAGCCAAGAAAGCACCAGACGGCACAGUCAUCCCCAACGGCUACUGUGACUUUUGCCUGGGGGGCUCCAAGAAGACUGGGUGUCCCGAGGACCUCAUCUCCUGUGCAGACUGCGGGCGAUCAGGACACCCCUCGUGUUUACAGUUCACGGCGAACAUGACGGCGGCCGUGCGUACCUACCGCUGGCAGUGUAUCGAGUGCAAAUCCUGCAGCCUGUGCGGCACCUCGGAGAAUGACGGUGCCAGCUGGGCGGGUCUCACCCCCCAGGACCAGCUGCUGUUCUGUGAUGACUGCGACCGGGGAUACCACAUGUACUGUCUGAGCCCUCCCAUGGCGGAGCCCCCGGAAGGGAGCUGGAGCUGCCACCUCUGUCUCCGGCACUUGAAAGAAAAGGCCUCUGCUUACAUCACCCUGACCUAGGCCUGGCUCCGCUUCCCCAGGACCUUUGGGUGGUGCUAACUUCUGCCUCUCGGAGCUCUCGGCUCUUCCCGCCCAGUGGCUCAGUGUCCCCAGUGGGAGGGAUGGCCAAGGUGUUCUCCCUUGGCAGGUGGAAUGUUACCCUGUGGGAGGGUGGUUGGGUCCAGCAGGGGCCCGCCUGUCCCCCUCUUCAUCCCUUGAUAAAUGGGCACCAGGGGCUUCUGCUCCCCUCAAAGCCAUACCCCGCCUCUGGGCGGGCAUAGAGGGGUAGUGGAUGCCAGCCAGGGCCACAGAAAGAGCCUUUUUCUAAAGAAAAAGACAAAAAAGUGAAAGAAAAAAAAAAAAAGAAAUUAAUAUAUACAAAGAGUCCUAUAAAGCCUGGCUGGGUGGAGGGCACUACGUUGCCUGCUGGGGACCGGACUUUACCAGCUUCCGGAAUGGCGCCUCCCCACUCCAUUUCUGGAGUUGCAGUUGCUCAACUCCCCAUCUGAGGUGGAUGCCAUUCCUUCCUCACACCCAGGCCAGGCGGGCCCAGCGCCCACCCCUUGCCCCCUCCCAGUACCCGCCGUGGAUACUGCAUGAUGUGAACUAUGGUUUUGAACUCUUCCUGCCCCUCCUUGCCAGCCCCACCCUGCGCCCACCCGGUGCCUGCCAGGCCUGGGGCGUGCAGCCGGGGAGGCCAUGGGGAGAGGCAGCCAGCCAGCCCGCUGCAUCGAGAAGCACAGAUCGCAAUGGACUCAUUUCUUUCCUCCCUUCCCAUCCCCUUCUCUACCCGGCCAGGCCGGGCUGCCUCCUGGCCCCCUCGCUAGCCAUUUUGGGGGUGGCGAGGGGGCGUGGUUGUUUCUCGUGGUUGUGUGUGUUUGUUGUUCGGGUUUUAAAAAGGGGAAAUUGAGACUGCAGGUGGGGGAGGUGGAGGGUCUGGGGGAGUCUGCCCCCAGUCCAGGAGUGCCCCCCCUUGCCACCAAGUCUCCUUUAUUGCCUGCCUCUGCUGUGAAUUAACUUGUUCUGUGUAUUAAAAUGGGCCUGACCCCUC